AUGUUCCCAUUUGACUGGAUAUGGCUGUUCAUAGUUGAGGAAGAAACCCCCGCCCCGAUAACGGAGAAACAACAGAGUCAAAAGAACGGAAGAUACCAUCGAAGGAAGGGUGGCAAGGGCAGACCCAGAAAGAACAACGGCGAUGUGGGCGAUAAGUAUUUGGAUUUUGAUGCCAUGACGCGUCUGCAAGACUACGAAUUGAGACUCAAACGCAACCAAACUAUGGACGGCUUGAUCCGUAAGGCUUACGCUAAGAAGACCAAGAUCAGCCAGAAGAAAGCCUUGGCUGAUUUCAUGGAUACCAUGUACAACCAAAAUUUGACAUUUAUUGCAAUUGACUUUGAAGGACACGAGCAAACACCAGGCACGGUGACGGAAGUUGGCAUUGCUGUCUACAAGCCUGGUACACUGAGAGGUAUGAUGAUGCCUUUCAUCGAGCUGAAGCAUAUCAUCAUCUUGGAAAACAAGGAUUUGAAGAACGGGAGAUAUGUACCCGACCACAGGGAAAACUUCAACGGUGACGUUAGCUUGGUGAUGGGUGAAGAUUAUGCUGCAAAUGCUAUUGAGGAGAUUAUACACCACCAUAGCGGGCCUUCCAAUAUUCCAGGACUCGGAGUGUGCAUCGUUGGCCACGGGCUUGCUAACGAUUUGGAGUGGCUAGAUCGAAUGGGCGUGCGUAUCGAGCCAACUUGUACAAUUGACACACAGAGGGUUCUUGGCUGGACCCACGGAAAGAAGGGAUUGAGUUUGAGGAACUCUCUUGAUCUCGUCCGCCAACCGUAUGCAUUUCUCCAUAAUGCUGGAAACGACGCAUACUACACCAUGGUACUCUGCCUCUGCUUGGCUGAUCCUUUCUACCGCCAGGCUUGCGGUAUCGAUACACAGGAAACUAAAACCUGGUUUCGGCUGAGACCCCUGACAAAGGGCGAUUCAUACAACGUGACCAAAGAACUCCUUUCCCUCGAUAUAUUGGGAAGUCCUCUUCGUGAUCAAGAGACCCUUAACAAUGGGUCUUGA